AUGCAGUCUUACAACGCUGGGGUAGAUCCCAGCAGCAUAAUCUGGGCUGGACUGGUCGAUGGAAAUACGCCGGCUCCAGGUCCUUCGCGGUUCUUUCGCCCGAGGCCUGAGCAUGAGUUUGACGAAGUCAAUCGUGCUCCAGCCCCAAAUGCGACGUCUACCCCCUUCAUGCCUGGAGCGAGUAGCUCUCAAGGCUUCCAGAUCCCCGUACACAACGUGCAGCAGUCUAAUUCUGCCGUACCAGCUGCGAACGUUGCGGCGUCUUCGCCGUCGCAGCCUCCGACAUUCCCGCAGGACCCUUCACCUUGGCCGCAAGAUGAGCUUAUUUCAACUCAACCGCAACAUGAGCGUCUUCCAAUUCAGCCGAAUCAGCCUGCCAUCAACACAGCUUUGACCAGUACUAUCAAACCUCCCGUCAACCGUCAUAACCCAAACGUGAUACAGAUGGAGGCCCAGAACAAGGAACUCGCUCCUCAUCAGGUCACGAUUCUGCCGACGGACGGGGCCGCAGCUUGCCUGGAAAAGAUACAUCACGUCGGCAGUCUGCUUGAUAGCGGUCUCACCCUUGCCGCUCAUCUCGGGCUGUUUGAAGGGGUACCAGACAGACAUACGCCAGAGUCCCUGGCCGUCGAAGGGAUGACGGCUACGGAGAAACAAGCCUGGACUUGGUGGUCUCGGCUCGAGGCUACAGAGCCCGGCUCCGGGUCCAAGGCGCUCCCAACGCUGGAUGUCAAGAAGGACCGUGCGCCGGUUCCUCCCACUGCUGCUGGGAACAAGAGCAACGUCGCUCAAAAGACUCCUGCUCUCGAGCUAUUGUACGGUUUCCCGGCCGGUACCCUGUCUGCGGAACAUGUCGCCUACUUCCUCAGGCCCAGCAAUGCCAGUCAUGUGCCAAUUUUGACCGCGGCGCUGCGGGUACUCAAAUCCAGACAGCAUUGCUCAUCCGGUGCUGGUCUUGGUGCGCUCUACGUCGAUCCUCGUCUCAUGAUCGAGAUCGAGGCUCUGCAAAGUUUCCGUGAUCAACUGCGAGCACGCCAAGCGGCUCUGGUUCUUCGUGACGGCGUCGGAAUAGCCGAAGUUGGCGUGUUUGUCGAACGACUAGAUAACAGGAUUCAGUUCCUUCGAGGUGCUCAGCAGCCUUUGAAGCAAAAGGAUAUCAUCAAGAAGCAAGCGAGCCAGUUGCGCAAGCCUGUCUGGGAGGCGUGA